UUAUAAAUAUUAAUUUAUCAUUGUUUGAAAAUUGUUAUAAUUUAAUUAAGUUAUUUAAUUAUUAAUUAAAGCAUAAUUUGUAGAUUAUUUGCUAAAAAAAUGAUAGUUUUAGUAAUAUUGUCGAUACUGUUAACCGGUUUAAUGGCUAGUAAUUCAACCCAAGGGUUGGAUUCAUCUGAAAAUUUGGUGAUUCAGUCAAACAAUGAAUUUUCAUUCAGAAUAUACAAUAUGUUAGCAAAAGAUGACAACAACGACAUUAUCUCUUCGUUUUCAAUAAUAUCGGCAUUAAGUAUACUAAUGAACGGCGCAAACGAUAAAACACUCAAUAAUUUGAAGACAUUUCUUGGAUUUCAAAACAAACAGACAAAUGAAUUAAUUAGUGAUCAAACUAUUAAUAAUGGAUUUCAAGCUAUUAAUGGAUUGUAUGAAAACAAAAGCAUUUCAUAUAAAAACUCUUUGAAUAAAACACAUGAAAACAAUCGUUAUGAUAGAGAUUUGAAACACCAGUUAAAUGUUGCAAAUCUUGUCGUACGUAAUGAUAGUGAAAUACUAAAACAAGAGUUUGUGGACGAAAUACAACUGGCCUUUAGAGCACAGGUAGAUAGGGCUGACUUCAAGCACAAUGCAGUGGCAGAGACUGACAAAAUUAACCAAUGGAUUAGCAAACAGACAAACAAUAAAAUACAAAAAAUAUUUGACAAAAUCGAUGAACAAACGUCUCUUAUACUAUUAAAUGCGGUUUAUUUUAAAGGUAAUUGGGAGGAAGAGUUUAGUAAAUACAGGACUAUUAAAUCUAACUUUUAUAAUAACGGCGCCGAUAAUAGUAAUGUUUCGGUCGACACAAUGUCUCGUACGGAUAAUUACUAUUACUUUAGUUCACAGGAAUUAAACUCACGACUCAUUGAAUUGCCGUAUAAGGGAUGGGAAAUGUCUUUUGUUAUUAUAUUACCAAAUGAUAGAAACGGUUUGUCAACACUUAAGACUCGGAUAAAUGCCAUAAACUUUGAUAAAGCAUUCAAAUCAGUGAAGAGAGAAUAUAUAAAUCUAUUUUUACCAAAGUUUAAGUCAGAAAAAGAGUACGAUUUGAUGACUGCUAUAAAUCCCAAACCAAUUGCAUUGACCACUGGAGCAGAUUUAUCACGACUGUCCACUUCAUGUGAUCAAACCGUAACACAAAUUAAACACAAAACCUUUAUAUCGGUAGACGAAGAGGGAACCGAAGCGUCGGCCGUUACAGCUAUUAGUAUUCAACCUAAUUCUGCUUUAAUCUAUAAUUCCCCACCGAUUGAAUUUCGUGUGGACCACCCGUUCCUCUAUUAUAUUAUUGACAAAACUAAUGGUAUGAUUAUGUUUUCCGGACAAAUCAACAAACUUUAAAACUGUUUUUCCUAACUAUUAAUCAAACAAUAAUAAUGCAAUUAAAAACAAAUUAGAAUUUC